AUGGCUGUGAAUCUCCCUCGCGAUAUCCGGGCCUUUCUAUCGGAAUACCAUAGAAAGGGCCUAGCAAGGUCUCCUCAGGAGACCGAAUGUAAUGAUAACUUUGAAUUCUACAAGAACCGAUUACGAUGCCAGCCAGAUGGACCUAUUGGGGUCGAUGUUCGUGGCUGUACCGCUAACAGGUGGAAAGGAGAUUAUAACAAGCUCGAGUUCGGCCACGGCUAUAUACAAUGGUUAUUCCCGAUUCAGGAGGACGGGAUCAACUUUGCAGCACAGAGGCUUACGCCUCACGAAAUAUCGGCCAUGAGAGCCGACGCAGAGGUCAUGCGCCGCAUCGUCAGGGCGUACACGAUGAUGCUGGAUUUUUAUGGUAUGCGACUGCAGUCGGAGGAGACAGGGCUCGUGGGGCGUGCGUUGCCACCUGGGAGUUACAGUUCGCGGUACGUAAACCUUCUCUACGCACCACACAAUAAUCUGAGAAUUUCACGUAUUCUCAAAUGUCUGUCGGAAUUGGGCCUUGAGCGCCUCAAUGCUGGAUUCGUCCUACAUGUCCUCAACGAACAAAGCGAGCAUGCAGAGUUGAGGUCACCAUUCAUCUGUGACAGCAUGGACAGAUGGUGGGCCAACUGCAUUCGAGAUGAUCACGAGAGGGAAUGGGUUGCACGACUCAUCGCCAGGGUUAGGUCUGGCCAACGAGUGUUCACCAGACAGAUGUAUGAGAACGUUUUGGAGAGAAGAAGGCAGACUGGGAAGUUCCCUACUGAACUAUUGGAUGGGAGUACAUCGUAG